UCUCCUCCAGGUGGGGCGAAGGGGGAAGGUGUGAAGGCUGUAGAUGUACUGACAGUGCUGAGAGAGAAAGUAGCCUUUGUGUCUGGUGGGCGGGACAAAAGAGGCGGGCCCAUCCUUACCUUCCCUGCCAGGACCAAUCAUGAUCGAGUGAAACCAGAAGACCUGAGCAGAUUGGUGACUUACCUUUCCACCAUACCCAGUGAUGAUGUGCGUGCACGUGGCUUCACGGUGGUGGUGGACAUGCGUGGUUCAAAGUGGGACAGUGUGAAACCAUUACUGAGAACUCUUCAGGAGUCCUUCUCUUCCCACAUCCACACGGCACUGCUCAUCAAACCAGACACCUUCUGGCAGAAACACAAGACCAACCUGGGCAGCGCCAAGCUCAGCUUCGAGACCAGUCUGGUUUCGGUGGAGGGCCUGUCCCGGCUGGUUGACCCCUCCCAGUUGACCUCUGACCUUGGUGGUUCAUUGGAGUAUGACCAUGUGGAGUGGACGGAGUUGUGGCUAGGUCUGGAGGAGUUCUCUGUGGCCGCCAUGCAGCUCCUGGCCCAGCUGGACCAGCUGGAGGCUGGGCUGAAUCGGGGCCCUGAGCCCCAGGGAGUGGAGGAGGCCCGCAAACUUCUUGAGGAACAUGGCCGCCUCCGGACUACUGUUGCCACGGCGCCUGUUGACGCUCUUGAGCGUGAAGGAAGGAGUUUGCUCCAGCGCAUGCGUCUGGGUCCUGCCCAUGGUGACGCUGCUUGUGAUGGUGGCAGUAACCAUGGCAGCUGGUUAUCGGGUGGGGCAGAUUUUCAGAGUGUGGCCCCAAAGGUGUCUGCCCUCCUGGAUCGUCUGCAGGGAGCUCGGAGCCACUUCCUGCAAAGCUGGAAUGACAGGAAGCUGCACCUGGACCAGGCACUGCAGCUCCAUCUCUACCAACAGGAUGCUGCUAAGAUGUCAGAGUGGAUUGCCCACAGUAAGGACUUGUUUGUCCAGAGUCUGGGGGAGGUCGGCCUGAACCACCAACACGCCCUCGAUCUCCAGACACAACACCAACACUUCACUGCUAACUGCAUGAACGGCAGUGUCAAUGUGGACAGUGUGGUCACUGUAGCAACACGCUUGGCAGAAGCCGGUCACUAUGGGGCGGAGCGUAUUGCCCAGGUGUCGUUAAGGUUACAGGAGGACUGGAAGUCUCUGACGACGGCUCUGGAGGAGCGAAGCAACGUGCUGGCCAUGUCCACUGGCUUCCAACAGGGGGCAGAGCAGUUCCUGGGGCGAGUGGAGGGGUGGGUGGAGGCAUGUGGUGAGGGGUCGUUGCCAUUAGCGAUGACCGACCUAGAGAGUUCCAUUCAGAAACACCAGGAACUCUAUGAGGAGAUCUCUGCUGCAUACACCCAGGUCAGUGAGAGUGGAAAGGCUCUGCUGGAGGUUUUACAGCGCUGUCCAGCUGCAUCAGAACCUAAUGACUCCAACACAAAGCCUGACUUCACCACUGCCGCGCACGGCAUUAUGGGGGUUCUACACCAAGUCCUGCAGGGGCACCAUGAGCUGGAGGGGGCGUGGCAGCACCGUAAGCUGCGCCUUCACCAGCGCCUUCAGCUCUGUGUAUUCCAACAAGACGUCAGACAGGUGCUGGACUGGGUCGAGCAACACGGUGAAGUGUUUCUAAAUAAACACACCGGUGUCGGCAAGUCCCUCCAUCGAGCACGUGCACUGCAGAAACGCCAUGAUGACUUCCAGCAAGUGGCGCAAAACACAUACACUAAUGCGGAGAAGUUGCUGGAGGCCGCCGGUCAGCUGGCUCAGUCUGGAGAAUGUGAGGAGGGAGAGAUCUACCAAGCAGCCACAGAGCUGGAUGUCCGCAUACAGGCUUUCAUCCAGAGAGUGGAACAAAGAAAACUUCUACUGGAUCUGGCUGUGUCUUUCUAUACACACACCAAGGAGUUGUCUGCGUGGAUGGAGGGACUUCAGAAGAAGAUGGCAGCUGAAGUCUUUGUGUGUCCAGACACAGUGGAGGCACUGCAGACCAUGAUCAGCCAACAACAGCAGCAACAAACCAACACACAGGAAGCUUCACUGAGUGUUAUCCGGGAAGGAGAAGACCUCAUCCUUCAGCUCAGGCCUCAGGGUAGCUCGGUGGGCCACAUUGAGUCUGUAUUGCAGCAGUUGGAGGAGUCCCAGGUCCAGCUGGAGGAUUUAUUCCAGCAGAGGAAAAUCCACCUGGACGUCUACCUGCAGCUCCGCAUUCUGCAGCAGUGCACCCUGGAGGUGACAGGUGAGAUGGAUGCCUGGAAACAGGAUCUACAAAAACAAGCUCAGGACUUCUCUACUGAAAAGCUAGCUCAGUCACGACUCGCAAACGCCAAUCAGGAUAAACUACCAUUAACGCAACAGAGGCUUGCAGAUGGUAACCAAGACAAGCUAGCAGUUGGCCAGUCGCGGCUAGCUGAAGCUAGCCCAGAAGGGCUAACAUUAGCACAGCAGCGCAUCCACAGACAUAUGGAGCGGCGGUUAGCUAUGAACAACAUGACUUAUGAGGUCAUCCAGCAAUGUCAUGACCUCCAGCAGUACAUCUCAGAGGUCCAGGCUUCAGGCAUGGAGCUGACAGCAGAGGGGGAGGCAGAGCUUUCCUCUCUGGUAGAUGACCUGCAGCGCCUCCUGCAGGACAAACAGAAGGAACUGCAGCAGAUGGCUGAUCACACACACACACACCUGGAACAAAGCCUCCAACUCAAACACCUGCAAACACAAGUCAAACAGGUGUUGGGCUGGAUUGGUGAAGGGGAGGUGAUGUUAGCGUCCUGCAUGCUAAACUCCAGCUGUCUGUCUGAGGCAGAGCAGCUUCAGAGAGAGCAUGAGCGCCUCCAACAGGCCAUUGAGGCUCUCCUCCAUGCUGACUCUCUCCAGAGGACCCACCAGGUGGCUUUAGCACUGCAGCAGAGAGCAGAGCUGCUGGUUCGGGCAGGUCAUUAUGAUCCGGAGGCAGUGAGGGCAUGUGCCCAGAUGGUGGCGCUACACUGGCAGACUCUGAUGCUGAGAAUAGAAGAUCGUCUCAAACUGGUCAACGCCUCAGCAGCAUUUUACCGCACGUCUCAACAGGUGUGUGGUGUGUUGGAAAGUCUGGAGCAGGAGUACCGUCGAGAUGAGGACUGGUGUGGCGGAGGAGAGAGACAGGGGAGCUGGGGCCAACCGGACCUCCUCAUCCCCCUCCUUAAUAAACACAUGGAGCAGAAGGAGGCCUUUCUCAAGGCGUGUACACUGGCUAGGAGAAAUGCUGAAGUCUUCCUCAAGUACAUCCAUCGUAACGGUGUCACCAUGGCAACCAUCUCUGGCCACAGCGUGACAGGGGUUGCCGAGGUUACUGGACAUUCUAGGGUUCCUGAGCAACAGGUCAAAGGUAUUUUGAGUGAGUUGCUCCAAAGAGAGAACAGAGUUCUUCAUUUCUGGACUUUGAAGAAACGUCGACUGGACCAGUGUCAACAGUUUCUAAUGUUCCAGAACCACGCCAAGCAGGCACUUGAUUGGCUGCAGCAAUCAGGUGACCAUUAUCUGUCCACACACACGUCACCAGGGGCAACAGUCGCCGAGACACAAGAGCUGCUGAUGCAACACCGCGAGUUCUGUGUGUCGGCCAAGCAUACACAAGAGAAGGUGCAUCUGUUGAUCCAGUUAGCUGAGAGCAUGCUAGCGAAAGGACAUUCCCACCGGGCUGAGCUGCGCCGCUGUGUGUCCUCUGUGGACAAACGGUACCGCGACUUUACCAUGAGGAUGGGACAGUACCGCCACCUGCUGGAGACUGCUCUAGGAGGCUGCACCCAGGACAAUAAAGACCUGGAGCUGGAGCUGAUCCCAAACAGCCUGUCGGAUUCUGACCCUGAAGUCAACCUGAGUGACCCCAACCAUGAGAUCAGUGACGAGAAGAGACGCUCCGCCCGCAAGAAAGAGUACAUCAUGGCGGAGCUUCUUCAGACAGAAAAGGUGUAUGUGAGAGACCUACAGGAGUGUAUCGAGACCUACCUGUGGGAGAUGACCAGUGGGGCAGAGGAUGUCCCACCUGGUUUGUCAAAUAAAGAUGAUAUUGUCUUCGGAAACAUCCAGGACAUCUACGAGUUCCACAACAGUAUUUUCCUGAAGGAACUAGAAAACUAUGAACAGCUCCCUGAAGAUGUGGGACACUGCUUUGUUACCUGGGCUGACAAGUUCCACAUGUAUGUGACUUACUGCAGGAACAAGCCAGACUCCAGCCUGCUGGUCCAGCAGCAUGGCACGGCUUUCUUUGAGGAGGUCCAGAGGAGACAUGGUCUGGCUAACUCCAUCUCUUCAGCUCUCAUUAAACCAGUCCAGAGAAUCACUAAAUACCAGUUGCUCCUCAAGGAGCUGCUGGCUUGCUGUGAGGAGGGUAAAGGAGAGAUUAAGGAGGGUUUAGAUGUGAUGCUGAGUGUUCCUAAGAGAGCUAACGAUGCUAUGCAUGUUAGCAUGCUGGAAGGUGUGGAAGAGGGGGUCGAAGUUCAAGGGGAGCUGCUCCUUCAGGACGCCUUCCAGGUAUGGGAGCCCAAGUCUCUGAUAAGGAAGGGGCGGGACCGACACCUCUUCUUGUUUGAGCUGUCACUCAUCUUCAGCAAGGAAAUCAAAGACUCUUCUGGACGCACAAAGUACCUUUACAAACAUAGACUGAGGACCUCAGAAUUGGGGGUGACAGAGCACAUUGAGGGGGACUCCUGUAAAUUUGCCCUGUGGGUUGGUCGCACCCCCACAUCAGACAAUAAGACGGUCCUUAAGGCAGCAUCCCUGGAGCUGAAACAGGAGUGGGUUCGGAGUGUGCGUCAGGUGAUCCAGGAGAGGCGGGGCCACCUGCGGGGGGCGCUGCGGGAGCCAAUCCCCCUCCCCAAGACUCCAGCCCCGACACUGGCCCGACAACGCAGCAUCAGCCGCAGAGAUACAAGUGAAGAUGCUGACAGUUUGGGUGAUGCUAGCAGUCAACCAGAUACUGUGUCCAUUGCCUCACGCACUUCCCAGAACACAGCAGACAGUGACAAGCUGUCCGGUGGCUGUGAGUUGGUGGUGGUGUUGGUGGACUUCUCUGGAGGUGGUCCAGGGGAGCUGGCGGUCCGCUGUGGUCAGACGGUGGAGGUGGUGGAGCGCUCGGUGGAUCGACCCGGCUGGUGUGUGGUCAGAACAGCCGACCAGACGCCCACACAGGAGGGCCUCCUGCCCAUGACUGCCCUCUGCCUGUCUCACUCUCACAGUGCAGCAGACAUGGACGGAGUUAUUCCUCCUUCCAGCUGUAAUACAACCAUCUGUUCCUCCACCACUACCACUACUGGUACUGUAUGCAGAGCCAGUGAGAUAGCGUCAUCUACAGAUCUUGUGGGGACAUCUUCAGUGGCCAGCAUGGGCUCCCCGGGUCCAAAAAGAACUGGUUCUGGUACAGGAAACACACUGAAGCGUUGGCUGACUAGUCCCGUGCGGAGGCUUAGCCAAGGGAAGGCUGACGGACAGAAGAAACCACCAGUUCGCACCAGGAGGCGGGACAACAGGCCUGACCUGGCCACGCCCCUCACCGCCAAUACACAAAUGAAGGGGAGGAGGGAGGAGUGUGUGCAGAGUGGAGGAGAGGAGGAGCCAGAAGAGGAGCCUCACACUCCUCUGCCCCCGCCAAUGGACAUCAUCAAAGACCCCAACAACCCUGAGGCUUUAGAUUCAGAUCAAGGCUCCAAUGAGUCGGACACAGAACAAAGAAAUAAAGCUCUGAGAGGCCGCAUGUUUGUAGUAAAUGAGAUGGUCCAGUCAGAGAAGGACUACGUCAAAGACCUGGGUGUGAUUGUGGAGGGCUUCAUGUCGAGGUUAGAGGUGAGAGGGAUCCCAGAGGACAUGAGAGGAAAAGACAAAAUAGUUUUCGGAAACAUUCAGCAGAUCUACGACUGGCACAGGGAUUUCUUCAUGGUUGAGUUGGAUGGGUGUCUUCAGGACCACAACCUGCUGGCCGACCUCUUCAUUAAACAUGAGCGGCGCCUGCACAUGUAUGUUGUGUAUUGUCAGAACAAGCCCAGGUCAGAGUUCAUUGUCAUGGAAUAUGAGACUUUCUUUGAGGAAAUUCAACAUGAGAUCAGUUGCAGGAUGUCAAUCAGUGACUACCUGAUCAAACCCAUCCAGAGAAUCACCAAAUACCAGCUGCUGCUCAAGGACUUUCUAAAGUACACUUCUAAAGCGGGACUGGACUGUGAGGAAAUUGAGAAAGCGGUAGAGCUGAUGUCGUUGGUUCCAAAACGUUGUAAUGACAUGAUGAACCUUGGCCGACUUCAGGGAUAUGAGGGGAAGCUGACAUCUCAGGGGAAGCUCUUACAGCAGGAGACGUUUUGUGUCUGGGAGCAGGAUGGAGGAGUUUUGUCUCGCAGUAAAGAGAGAAGAGUCUUCCUCUUUGAACAGAUCAUCAUCUUCAGCGAGCUGCUCCGCAGAGCGUUCAACACACCAGAAUACCAGUUUAAAAACAGUAUUAAGGUGAGUUACCUGGCCAUGCAGGACAGUGUGGAGGGAGAUGUCUGUAAGUUCGUCUUGUGGUCUCGAGGCUCUGCUGAGCGCUUCACCCUGCAGGCUUCUUCCCCUGCUGUCAAACAGACCUGGGUGGAACACAUCACCGCCCUGCUGGACGCACAGAGCAACUUCCUGUCUGCUCUUCAGUCUCCUAUAGAGUACCAGAGGAAGGAGACUGUAUCUCGACCAUUAUCCUCCUGCAGUGCCCGCUCCUCCGCCCCCCCCACCCCAAAUGGACAUACACCCCUGCGCCCCCCUCCCACUGAGCAGGAGGACCAGGAGCUGGUUCUGGUGGUUCAGGACUACAGUGCAGUGCGGGAGGAUGAGAUCACAGUGUUGAGAGGAGAGAAGGUUCAGAUUCUGGCCUCCAACCAGCAGGGGCAGUGUUUAGUUUACCGACCUGCCAACGCCGAGUCCCCCCCCGCCGAAGGCUGGGUACCGCGCAGCGUGCUACACAAACAAUAG